AUGUCGCAUAAAACUAUCUACUGGCCAGAGCCGUUCUUCUAUGCCAUUGGGAAUACAGUUGCAUCAUGUUUGACACAAGAUCUUCCGCCGGAGGAGCCGGCGAAGGUCUUAUCGUUGGGGUGUGGGGAUCCGAGGAGUAUUUUAUUUUCGGUUCAGUGUGCUAAAAUGGAUUUUGAUUACGAUUUUACCUGUUGCGAUAUUGAGUCGGGAAUUCUAGCACGAAAUGUUAUACUACUAGCAUUGAUUUUCGAGGGGAAUAAAUCCGAGGCGAGGAGCGAAAAGUUGUGGAAUAUAUUUUAUCACAUCAAGCUGGAUCGGGAGUCACUCUCUGCUCUCUCGGAUCAAUGCGAGAAGCUGGUUAAUGUUUCGGCGGAUAUUAGCAGCUGGAAUAACAGCCGCUAUGCUUCGUUUAUGCGAAUGUGCGACAAACGGACUCUCUCCAAGCUCCGUGCACAGUGGCAGACCUACAUAAAAAAUGCAAAGCUAGUGGGUCGCGAGAAGAAGGAGUACGGCGAGAAAUUCAACAAGGCAUUGGCUGGUACUCUGCUAAAAGUUCCUAAGCACGACAUAUCAUCCACUCUCGCUUCCGGGCCACUCACGAUGGAGGCUGUGGAGAGUACCCAAUCUCUCCUGCGCCAUUAUUGGGUGAAGGGGACCUACUCGAUGGACCCGAAGGUUAUCGCUACUACCACAAUUCCGAACCCUACGCUUUCUCAUUCCUUCUCGGGAAAGGUUUUGGCGUUGCAUUAUGGCUCCGACCCACUUCUGGGUAUCCAUAUCGGCCCGGCUUUCUGUGGUCUCAAGUCGGAGCCCAAAGUGUACAAGAAGAAGGUUGAGCCUAGUCAUGUUGUGAAGGUAGCGAGACGGGAGUUCUUUGAAUGGGUGAAGUCCUUUAAAGAUGCACUCGCAAAUAAGAAAAAUAAGUUGACGAUACGAUUUUUCAAUGGGGAUGCUAUGUCCUUUUGCAAGGCCUUGAACUACUGUCGAGUUCAAAAGUCAAUAGACACGGGAUAUUACGCAGCGCCAUGGACGACUUCUCCUUUACGUCUCGACGGUGGAGACUAUAAUGAGGACUCGGAGAACAGGGCUCCAGUAAUGUUUAAUGCUAUCGACACCUCGAAUCUCACUGACCAUCUCGGGCUCAUCAAUCUCCUUCUCAUGACUACACCACUUCUCAUAAGAUCGCCAUUGUCGUCCGUAUACAGCGAAACAAAAUUCCGCCCGGGAAACACUCCCAUCGACGCGCUAUCCGACCGGAUAUGUGGUGAUAUACCGGCGGUUUCGCUACUCUUCGAUUUAGCACCGAUAUCGUAUCUGAUGCACGUCAACAGUCGUUCAAGCACUCACGCGGUUCUUCUAACCCUCGUGGGAGAUCCGAAGGACGGCGGUGACGGCACUUUCCAGGAGAGAAUAACCUGGAAGCUGGCCUCCCUUAGUGAUCCGCUAGCGGUCAAAGUUGAUGGGAUACAAACGAAGAUUUUGGAGUACGAAUCGACACAACUGGCCCGUUUCAUCUUUGGGGUUUAUCAAAAAAUGUUUAAGCCAGACGAGCAUAUGAAGGAUAUCAACCUGAUACAUUACACCCGCGGGACGUUGGUUCUUCUACUAAAACUCGUGAAGGACCGUGUCAAGACGGAUUGGGACGAUUUUAUAAGGCAGUUUAAUGAGCUGGUUGUGAGUGAUACGAACCUAUCACUGGGGAAAAGUAAUUACCAAGAGUUGGCUGCUCAAUUGCAUGUCAUGGGUCUCCACACUUUUGAUUUCCUUGGUAAUUACAGGCAAGUGUACCCUGAUGCCCAGCCAAAUGUGGGAGUGUUUAAAGAUUGGAAGGACGUCCCUCCAGUGGUCUGCAUUGUCCUGACCGUGUCUCGAGGUGCCCUCAAGCCACUCAUCGAGACCGGAGGGGGCGCCGGCAAUCCUUUUUUGCACUGCGAAACGUGGAAUAGAGGUGGCCAGAACUACUAUAGCUGCUUUCAUCCGGUGUUUGGAAAAGCUAGGAGAGAAGGGGAUAGAGUUGUCAUUGACGAGGCGCCCGACGGAUGGCACGGGACUUCUCCACUCGUUGUGUCUUUCUGGGUUCCAUCGUGGACCCUGAUAACACACCCGAACGACACAAUCGUUGCUUUUAGAGCUGUGCCUAUGGCACCUAGAACCACAGGAGCUUUAGCGCUCCUGCUAAGGCUCGGACAAAUGAUGCGUCUGAGCGAGACAAAUCUCAUUUCGAAAAAUGUGAUCGUAACGAGGACACGACCAUAUAUUUCCUCUGAAAUGGAUAAAGUUCGGACCCUAUCUUUCCAAAGGGAAACAUUUGUUCCGUCACCGCUCAGGUCCGUCGAGAUAAGCCCCGUCCGAGUGAAGCUUGACGAAUCCUGCCAGAAAAUCGUUAGCCUUACGAUCCGAGGAGAUCUCCUGGUGAAGAUUGCGAAGGACAAACUGUCUAGCGGUGCAGAAGUUACGGUAAUCCAGUCGUCACCUUGCACACUCCAGGUCCAGUUCGGGGGACUCAGGCAAACGAUGGCAUUCCCAUUCCCCGUCGAUGUUGCUCAAGCAAAGACAAAAAUCGCGAGGACAUCAUCCUAUAUCGAAGUAAGCCCUCAUUAUCAAAUACAACAACACGUCCCAUACUGACUCUACCUUCCCUAAAAAAAAACAGGUCUCAGUCCCCGCCUGUUACCCCCUCACCCCAGGCGGUUUCUCUCACAAGAAAUUCCCAGUAAGUCUCCCAAAUGGCCGCCCGGCAAACUGGAACAUCCACUAUCUAAGCCUCGACAUCCUCCCACAACUUGACCUUCGAAGUCCUCCCGCCCUGUUCUGGAUCACAAAUCACCUAAACAUGAUGUUCUCCGACAGGGAGUCCAUAAUCCGCCAAAAAGCUGUACACGUAGGUGAGGACUGGGUAGUAGACAUUAAAGAAACCAUUGAGCACCUCCUCGGCCAAUAUGCCGGUGUCUACGGCACCUCGCGACAAAUGAUUCUUGGUUUGAAAUCACCCAUCGGAAAAGUCCUCCUAUUGAUCUUCCCAACGGACCUCCGCCUCGACCUUGGUUCUCACACUCUCGUCAUGGAUGCAUGCAUCCUCCCGAUUACCCCAGCUAGCGAACUAGCUGUCGAGAUCGCCUUCAGGAACAUGUCCCACUCGGGCAUCUCUGCUAUGGCCACCUCCACAGACGAAGUGACCGCCUGGUGUGAUCUCCUCCCGGCGUUCGUUGAGCGUUGUAGAAACUGGGAGCACAAGGACAACUGCACCUUCAAAAGGGGUGGAAUACCACUUACCAAGGACUUUCACCGUUCACCAUUGUGCAGUUGUGCGCCUGGCAACCCCUCCGUAGACUUUCUAGGAAAGCGGGAAUGGAGGGGACUAGCCCCUUAUGUUACCCGUGCAGCAAUCUCACCGAUUCAACCUGUGUCAUAUUUGGAGCCGGUGGGGUACGAGAGGAUCAAGGCGCUGAAGGGGAUGUACGCUGAGAUUACACAGGAGGAGGAAGCGGAGAAAGCGAGGAGGGCGAAAGAGGAGGAGGAGGAGAAGGCAAGGCUGGAGAAGGAAAUGGCUGGGAAGUGCAGGGUCUGUGGGAAGACGGAGAAUUUGAUGAGGUGUGGGAGAUGCAAGAAAGUAGAGUACUGCUCGGGUGCAUGUCAAAAGACGGAUUGGAAAGAGCAUAAGAUUGGGUGUAAAAGUUGAUUGACUAGCUGGUUAAUUAUCAUUCAUGGCAAAAAAAAAUUUGCUAUUUGUUUGGUAAUUCGAGGGGGAGGGGUAUGGUUGUGUAGUAGCGCCGGGCAUAUCACACUCUGCGCUAAAAAUUGAAUUAACAAAAUACCG